AUGCGCGGGUCACUGGAAUUCGGUAUCGCGGGGAGCACCCUCGCUUCCCUUGCAGCCGCAUUGUUUGAUGGCAACCUGAAUUACAACUCACCGUCGUCUCGCCAUGUUAACCUGGGGAUCAAUGUGCCAAAAGUGUCUCGGCGCAGUUUGAAGCGUGGUUCUGUGGCGUUCAAGCCAGAAGAGCUGAACUUCACACAUGGCGUGGCUUCAGGCGAUCCUUGGCCAGAAAGCGUGAUUUUGUGGACUCGAGCAGCGCCUUCUCUGGCUUCUGACCAGAGCAAUGUCACAGUUGAGGGAACAGCACAGUUGUUUAAUCAUGAUACGGAGCAGUACGUAGUGGCCGAUCCUAAUCCGAUUUGUGUCGAGUGGAAGGUCUUUCAAGCAGGCUAUUCGACUGGAAGCAAAGCCGUGUCAACGGGGCAAGCGUACACAACAAGCGAUAUUGACUACACGGUUAAGGUCGAAGCUACUGGUUUACAGCCGUUCACCACCUACAACUAUCAGUUCAAUAUCUGCGGAACGAAUAUCACCAGCCCACUCGGGCGCACGAAAACAGCCCCUCCCGCUGAUGGCGAUGUUUCUGGAAUCAAAUUUGUAGUGUUCUCAUGCUCCAACUAUCCGAAUGGGUACUUUAACGUCUAUGGCAAUGCAGCAAGAAAGGACGAGCAUGACUUUGUGAUUCACCUUGGUGACUUCAUCUACGAAGGUGCUGCGAAGGGUGAAAGAGCUCAUAACCCUCCGAGAGUGUUGUUUAGCUUGGGCGACUACCGGACACGAAUUGGACAGUACCGCACCGAUCCGGAUCUCCAGCUGCUGUCUCAAAAUUAUGCCUGGAUUCCGACAUGGGACGACCAUGAGGUUGCAAACAAUGUCUAUAGAGAUGGCUCCAGCGCCCUGAACAAUACAGAAGAAUCGUUUCGCAAUGAUGGGCCGGGCAUCAGCGUAGAUCAGCGCAAGAUGAAUGCCGUUCGGGCGUACUUCGAAUGGGUUCCUAUUCGACAAAUCGAUAUGGACGACAAUCUAAGAGUUUGGAGGUCGUUCUCUAUGGGCAACCUGGUCGACUUGGUCAUUCUUGACACCCGCUGGAAUGACGAGUACCUUGAGGCCAUCUAUGACGAUGCCUCUCGGUCCCUGAUGGGUUCCCACCAGGAGCGCUGGUUUUACAACCAGUUAACGAAAUCCUCCCAAAGGGGGGCGAAAUGGAGAAUCAUUGGACAGCAGAUUAUCUUCUCCCGAAUUCGCGAAUCGUUUGGCUGGAAUCGCGAUAAUUGGAAUGGAUAUGCUGCAAACAGAAACCGGACCUACAAGCAUCUAUACGACAACAAUAUUGGCAACAACAUCUUUUUGGCCGGAGAUAGCCACCAGAACUGGGUUUCUGACAUUGCUUGGGUUGGCACCAAGCCAUAUGACCAAAAAACUGGCGUUGGCGCAAUCGGUGUGGAGUUUGCUGGCACAGCAGUGAGCUCUACCGGAGCUAGUGGUGAUAUUCUGACGGCACGCGCUGCCGCCGAGGCGCGGAUCAACGAUGAAAUGAACACCGAGCUUCAGUGGCAAGAUGGAUAUUAUAGAGGAUACUAUCUGCUGAGCGUUUCCCCUGAGAAAGUGACAGCGCAAUUCUACGGUUCUCCGAGUGUCGCGUCGCGGAAUGCUUGGAGCUUGCCUCUCGCUAACUUCACGGUCGUUUCCGGAGACAAUCACUUGUCCCGCCCGGUUGCUGGUGGAACUGUUGAGUCCGGCUCACUUCGCGGCGGCCGGACGGUGGACACGAACUUGACGCUCAACACGGAGACGGGAGAAUGGGAUGUAAUCGGGUUCCCCACAAUGUAUCUGAGGACCUGA